AUGAGCAACCUCUUAUCCGGUGGCCCAAUCCUUGCUGUAGGUAUCAUAGUCGUGGUGGGAUGGGCUGCAUGCACAAAGUUACUGCGCAAGAAGACCAGUUUACCCGAAGCGACACCACUGUCACCAGAGUGGCAUGACCUCGUCCAUCGAAACCAGUACGGGCGGCGUCGAUUGCAUGACGAUCAACAGAGCAUGUUGAGGGACUUCGUUUUAAUCUCGAUGAGAGGUUCCCUGAACUGCGUACGCAGGAUGUGCAACUACUUGGGGAGGCGCAAAAUGCCUGAGCACCUGCGCAUCGCGCCAGAAUCCAUCAUCGACAUGGGAGCCUACCAGGCACUCCGAACGCCGAACUACAGAAACGGCAACAUUUUAGAGUUCGUCAACAGGCGAGCGGUUAGUGAUGGAAGGAAGUUGCAGCUGCUCCUGCAAAUCGCGCAAGGGCUUGCAUACCUCCACAGCCUCGGAAUCGUCCACGGAAAUCUGUACCCGGCCAACGUUCUUGUAACGGACGACGAGGACAUUGUGCUGACAGAUGCAGGAAUAUAUACCGAAGUUGUGAAAUUGAUGCUUUUGCCCUCUGGUCGCGUACGCAUUCCCGAAUCGUUCAUAUACAAGUCUCAUCAAGAACUUCGUGGAGAGGAAGUGCCAACAAAGAGUGCUGAUGUUUACGCGUUCGCAAGCACCUGCUAUGCUAUUAUGACUGGUCGGGCACCAUUUUCCGAAAUUGCCAACCCAUAUCAACGCAUUAUCAAGAUUGCCCAGGAUGGGCACACAACGCUCCCAAAACCAUCAUCGACCAGCACAUUGUUGUGGGAUCUCAUGAUGGAGUGCUGGUCAGCCGAACCAACAAAGCGACCGGCAAUGGUCGACGUUGUUCACUGGCUGGGAGUGGCCACUCCGAAUCGUUGA